CAAUGGUCCAUUUGAGAAACAAAUAGUGAAGAAACUGAACCUUCAUAUCGAAGCAUUUGUCUCUCUUGUAGGAAACAAUUCUUAACCUUUCACCUCAAGUUUUUCCAACAUUCAUAUAUCUCUCUUUCUUCCUUUCUCAUGCUCCUCCAAUCCCAACCAAAUAUAUAUAUCUCUCUCACCUCUAUCAUUUUUUUCACUGUCUUAGACUCAAAUGGCUCUAUCAAGAAGAUAUCAACAUAGAAUAGAAGUUGUUAUCACUAUUACCCUCAUCAUUUCUCUAAUAAUUUUACCUUCCAAAUCAGAUGAUGAUGAGAAAGAGAUGAAGAACAAAAAAAUGAUGUUGGGUUCAAGACCACCUAAAUGUGUGAACAAGUGCUUGAGUUGUAAUCCUUGCAUUGCGACGCUAGUUGCUCCUCCUCGCCAUCAAAUGAAAGAUGGAAUCUUAGUAACAUCUUAUGAUUAUGGAUAUAAUAAUCAUGAUAGUUAUUACCUUCUAGCAUGGAAAUGCAAAUGUGGAAAUAAGUUAUUUCAACCAUGAAGGUUUAUGUAAUUAAUUAAGGUUGGUUGUUUAAGAAUAGUGAGUUCUCUCAUCUCUACAUGUCUAAUCUAAUUAAUCUGAUUUGUAUUAUUGUAUAUUAUUAUUUGAAAAAAAAAAGGA